UAUAACUCAAGGUAUAUUUCUGGAACAACGUAAAGAGAAAUCUCUCUUCGUUUCAGUAAUUUUUGCAACACAGAUCCUUGGUGGGCGGUGCAGUUUUGCUAGCAUUGAUCAUAAUACAUGGGUUUGCCGAGAUUUAAACGUCCUGGAGGGACUAUCGAAUCAAGUUCAAAUCUUUAUGUGGCCAAUUGUGGACCUGCAGUUGGACUCACUUUUGACACAAUUGAAGCUGUAUUUGGUGCAUAUGGUCCAGUCAAGGGAGUCUAUCUCGCCGAUGAAAGUGGCACUAGAGUUAUUGUGUCUUAUCAUGAAGAGAGGUCUGCAGAGUCUGCCUUGAAGGCUUUGAGUAGACGUGCAUGUCCUGAGCUUGGAGGCCGGUCUUUGCACAUUCAGUAUUCUGUACACUCUGUUUGUCAGGUUGCAGUUGAUGACUCAAUUCCGGUGUCUAUGGCAGCUUCAGAGUUAGAUAUUCCUGGUCUUUACUUGAUUCAUGACUUUAUCAGUGCCGAAGAAGAGAAGGAACUACUUGCAGCUGUUGAUACAAGGCCUUGGCAAAAACUUGCUAAAAGAAGGGUUCAGCAUUAUGGUUAUGAGUUCCAAUAUAGUACAAGGAAUGUCAACGCAAACCAGUACUUGGGUGAACUUCCAUCAUUUCUUUCCCCAAUACUUGAAAAGAUGUCAUUGUUUCAAAAGCUUGGUUACGCUGAAACUGUACUUUUGGACCAGCUCACGGUUAAUGAAUAUCCACCCGGCGUGGGUUUGUCUCCGCAUAUUGACACCCAUUCAGCAUUUGAAGAUUUAAUUUUCAGCCUUUCAUUGGCAGGGCCUUGCAUCAUGGAGUUCAGAAAGUAUUCUACUGGUGUUUGGCUUACAAGUCCCGACACAUUAAAUGAUGAAGAAGCUCAAAAUUCUGAGAAGAGCUCAAAGUUCUUGAGGAGAGCUAUUUAUCUCCCACCUCGAUCUAUUCUGUUAUUAUCAGGGGAAGCACGCUAUGUGUGGCACCAUUACAUUCCACACCAUAAGGUUGAUGUAGUGAAUGACACAAGAAUUAGAAGGGCUUCAAGGAGAGUGUCAUUUACAUUGCGCAAGGUAAGAAAAGGACCAUGCGAGUGCGAGUUCCCCGAAUACUGUGAUUCUCAGAAGUAAAAGACAAUUUAAAUACUGAUUAUGCUUUUUGCCAAAAACCAGAAGAUUCAAUCAUGAUAAUUUCAUUUCGCAUGGCUAGGUUCUAUAUGAACCAUACACUAGAGAAAUCAAAGCAGCAAUCUGAUCCUGGUCGAGCACUGUAAUAUAAAGUUGAGGGAUUCCUUGUGUUUUUAGCUGCAACUCUAUAUUUGAGUUGCAAUGAGAUGCUAGAUGUCAACUCUUCUUGCUUCCUUUUGUGUUUUCGUUUGUUUGGAAGAAGAGGGAUUAGUCUGGUCUAUUGCAGCAGAAUUCAAGAACAUACUAUUUUUUUUUCCUAUUCUGUAGUACUAGUGUAUUCUCGUAUUUCUUAUUCUUAGAUUUCUAAUAGUACCUGCUAUUUCUUUUCCUUCGGUUA